UUUUUAACAGCACCACUUUUCCUAUAUGCUUUUGUUUAUGUCAAUCUUGUACAACCACAUAGAAUUAUAUAUUGUAUAAAUAGGCAGCAAAUUAAGCACCAACAGCAAAUUAAAGAAAGAGACAUGGAAGCUCGCAGUUGUAUUGUUCUCUCAGCUUUGCUCAUCCCUUUUCUGCUUGGAACAGCUUGUGCUCAACUUAGGACAGAUUUCUACAAAGGCACAUGUCCAAAUGUUGAGUCCUUGGUCACCUCAGCUGUCAAAACCAAGUUCCAGCAGACCUUUGUGACUGCUCCAGCCACUCUAAGACUCUUCUUCCACGACUGCUUCGUUCGGGGUUGUGAUGCUUCCGUGUUGGUUCAAUCACCGACGAAUCAGGCGGAGAAGGAUCAUCCCGAUAACCUUUCGCUAGCUGGAGAUGGAUUUGACACGGUGAUCAAAGCCAAGGCAGCGGUUGAUAGUGACCCUAACUGCAGAAACAAAGUUUCAUGUGCAGAUAUUCUUGCUCUGGCAACUAGAGAUGUUGUAAACCUGGCUGGGGGACCAUCUUAUACAGUUGAAUUGGGGAGGCGUGAUGGAAGGGUAUCUACUAUUGCCAGUGUUCAAAGACGUCUUCCUCACCCUACUUUCAAUCUCGACCAGCUUAACACCAUGUUUAGCUCUCAUGGUCUCACCCAAACUGACAUGAUCGCAUUAUCAGGUGCACACACACUUGGCUUCUCUCAUUGCAACCGCUUCUCAAAUCGAAUCUACAACUUCAGCCCCGCAAAGCGUAUUGAUCCAACACUGAAUUCAGCAUACGCAUUGCAGCUCAGACAGAUGUGCCCCAUUAACGUGGAUCCAAGAAUCGCCAUUAACAUGGACCCAACCACACCCCGGACAUUUGACAAUGUCUACUUCCAGAACCUUCAGCAAGGAAAGGGUCUGUUCACCUCUGAUCAGAUACUAUUUACAGAUAAAAGAGCACAGGCCACCAUCAACACAUUUGCAUCAAGCAAUGCAGCCUUUAACCGGGCUUUUGUGCAAGCCAUGACCAAGUUGGGCAGAGUUGGGGUUCUGACUGGAAAUCAAGGUGAAAUUCGGAGUGAUUGCACCCGUCCGAACUAGAACAAUGGAGUACCAUUAGGAUAGCUUCAUCUGGAUUUUACCUCCAUGCUAUUUUUAUAAUGAUUUAAUUUUUUUCUGGAAUUGUAAAUUCUUGGAGUAUCAUAAAUUGUUCGUAUGAUGCAUGGUCAGGAUGUUUGAGUUUCAUUCAUUCGAAGACUAUACUAAUACAAUUAGCACACUGCUUAGUUGUGCAAGGAAUGUUCAAGUUGCUCAAAUAAUACAUUCUAGCAGUUGAAUUAAACUG